UCAAGGAUAGUGCACAUUGCAAAGUCACUGACUCCCCACAGUCCCCUUCUAAUGUAGGCAGCAAAUGACAGCUCUGGUAUCUCAGAGCAAAAUGGUAGCUUUGCCAUUCUCCUUUGCAAAGUCACACUCACAACAACACACAUUUGAGUCAGGAAUGCAGCUCAGUGGACUAUGACACCAGGGAAAUUGGGUAAGGUGGGAAAACUGCCUACAGAAAGCAGGUGGCUUCAUAGGAAACAGUGCUGACCCCUGACAGUGCUAGUCCUGAGACAAAGAAUGGAACCAUCAGGGUGUCUGAAAUAAUCUCUUGCUUCUCACAGUGAGGAUAGAUGGGGAAGCACGGCUUGCCUUGUUGUGGUUGGUUAUUCUGGAUGACAAGCUUCCUCUGCAAGUAAAACAUUGAUGCCCAAAGUCCAGCACACACUUCAUUCAUUAUAAAGGCUAACGCCAUAAAAACCAAACCUUUGUGACUUAGUUAUGGAAGGAGCUGCACAGAAGAAAACCAGGUAUGUUCCCAAACCUGGCACAAGAGUUUCAGUUCCCAAAAGCUCUUGGAGCCUUUCUGCAGUGUGUGGUAGUAACUGUCAUGUCAGCUACGAGGUGAUUGCAUACUACUUAAUAAAUGUAGGCAGCAAAUGACAGCUGGUAUCUCAGAGCAAAAUUGUAGCUUUGCCAUUCUCCUUUCCAAAGUCAUUUCAUAUUAGUAAGUGGCCUUACUGAUUUCAGGUGUAUUUGAAGUGCCACAGUGCUUGGAAACAUCCAUCUCAUUUGCUUGAUAGUUUAGCCAGAAAUAUGAGCAUCUUGAUAAAAAGUGAACAACAAACAAACAAACAAGAAAAACCCCUCAAAUUCAUUUUUCUAGGAACUAAAUUUAGUGGUGAUUUAAAGGAUAUAGGGGGAAUAGUAAUACUGCUACCUUGGACUUCAGGAGGGCGGACUUUGAAUUGUUCAGGGGACUAAUAGGGGGAGUCCCCUGGCAUUCAGUCCUAGCGAGCAAAGGGGUCCAAGAGAGCUGGUUGCUCUUCAAAAAGGAAGUCUUAAGGGCGCAGGAGCAGGCAGUCCCCCUGAGCUGCAAAAUGAGCCGGCGGGGAAGAAGACCGGCGUGGAUGAAUAGGGAGCUAUUCCUGAGGCUCCGGGAGAAAAAGAGAAUCUACCGCCUGUGGAAAGAGGGACAGGCCACUCAAAAUGAAUACAGGGAAGUUGUUAGGAUGUGUAGAGGUGAAAUCAGAAAGGCAAAAGCCCAGCUUGAAUUUAACCUAGCUGCUGGUGUGAAAAGGAAUAAGAAACUCUUUUAUAAAUACGUUAACAGUAAGAGGAGGACAAAGGAGAAUAUCCACUCUUUGCUGGAUGAGGCUGGGAAUGUGACCACUGAGGAUAAGGAAAAGGCGGAGGUUCUGAAUGCCUUCUUUACGUCUGUCUUUAAAAGUCAGACCAGUUAUCCUCAGGAUACCCCUCUCUCUGACCUGGUAAUCUCGGCCGGGAAGCACACUAACCCCCCUGUGAUUCUGAAAGAAACAGUCAGAGGCCUACUGCUCCAGCUGGACUGUCACAAGUCGAUGGGGCCAGAUGAGAUCCACCCGAGAGUGCUGAGGGAACUGGCGGAGGUGAUAGCCGAGCCGCUUUCCAUCAUCUAUCAGCGCUCCUUGUUGACUGGUGAGGUCCCAGAUGACUGGAGGCUUGCCAAUGUGACUCCCAUUUAUAAGAAAGGUCGUAAGGAGGAUCCGGGGAACUACAGGCCUGUCAGCCUGACCUCGGUGCCAGGGAAGGUUAUGGAGCAGAUUGUCUUGAGGGAGAUCAUGCGGCAUGUGCAGGGUGACCGGGGGAUCAGGCCUAGCCAGCAUGGGUUUAUGAAGGGCAGGUCCUGUUUGACCAACCUGAUCUCCUUCUAUGAUCUAGUGACCCAUCUGGUGGAUGAAGGAAAGGCUGUUGAUGUGGUCUACCUAGACUUCAGCAAAGCCUUUGACACUGUCUCCCACAGCAUUCUCCUGCAGAAGCUGGCAGCCAGAGGCUUGGAUGGGUACACUCUUGGCUGGGUAAGGAGCUGGCUGGAGGGCCGGGCACAGAGAGUGGUGGUGAAUGGAGUCAAAUCCAGCUGGCGACCGGUCGUGAGUGGUGUUCCGCAGGGGUCGGUGCUGGGGCCUGUCCUCUUCAAUAUCUUUAUUGAUGACCUCGAUGAGGGCAUCGAGUGCACCCUCAGUAAAUUCGCAGAUGACACUAAAUUGGCUGGAAGUGUGGAUCUGCCUGGGGGUAGCGAGGCCCUACAGAGGGAUCUGGACAGGCUGGAGAGCUGGGCUGGAGCCAAUGGAAUGAGUUUCAACAAGGCCAAAUGCCGGGUCCUGCACUUCGGCCACAACAACCCCAGGCGACGCUACAGGCUUGGGGCGGUGUGGCUGGAGGACUGCGUAGAGGAAAUGGACCUGGGGGUAUUGAUUGAUGCUCGGCUGAACAUGAGCCGACAGUGUGCCCAGGUGGCCAAGAAGGCCAAUGGCAUCCUGGCUUGCAUCAGAAACAGUGUUGCAAGCAGGAGCAGAGAGGUGAUUGUUCCCCUAUAUUCAGCACUCGUGAGGCCGCACCUCGAGUACUGUGUCCAGUUUUGGGCCCCUCACUGCAAGAAAGAUAUUGAGGCCCUGGAACGUGUUCAAAGAAGGGCAACGAAGCUGGUGAGGGGUCUGGAACACAGGCCAUAUGAGGAGAGGCUGAAGGAGCUGGGAAUGUUCAGCCUGGAGAAGAGGAGGCUCAGGGGAGACCUUAUUGCUCUCUAUAACUUCCUGAAGGGAGGUUGUAGUGAGCUGGGGGUCGGCCUCUUCUCUCGUGUCAUUAGGGAUAGGACCAGGGGGAAUGGUUUCAAGCUACGCCAGGGGAAAUUCAGGCUGGACAUGAGGAAGUAUUACUUUUCAGAAAGGGUGGUCAGGCACUGGAAUGGACUGCCCAGGGAGGUGGUGGAAUCACCGAGCCUGGGGGUGUUCAAGGAAAGACUGGAUGUUGCGUUGAGGGACAUGGUUUAGUGGGAGCUAUUGGGAAUAGGUGAACGGUUGGACUGGGUGAUCUUUUAGGUCUUUUCCAACCUUAGUGAUUCUAUGAUUCUAUGAUUCUAUGAUUCUAUGAUAUCUUGAAUAGAAACUAGAAGGGAUGAAAAGACAGUAGACUGGCAAAAGUUCUGCAGGAAAAUGGAGCAAGGAAAGUAGUUACUCCAGCUGCAGAGUACCUAGCUGUGAGGACAAAAUAGAAGCCCGCAGUAGAUGAGAAACUUAGAGUGGGGAAUUAAAGAAACUAAUAUGCUGUAAUUGGUAUCUUUGGAACUGCAUGAAUGAAAUAAUCUUUCAGUACUGUACAGCACAGAUUUUCACAGUGUCUGAGAAAGCAACAGAUUGUAUCAGCCGUCAGUGGCAGAACAAGGUUUCUUCAAAGUUCCUGUCCACUAACCACAGAUAUUUACUGUCAUCUGCCUGGCUGAAUGAAAUAGGCUACAUGAGACUCAUGCAAAUGAGUCACCCAUACAAACCUGAAUCACUACCUCAUGCUCUGGAUUUAAAUUUAAAACAGACAAGAGAUUAUUUUCUGCCUUGUAUGGGAGUCUUGCUGAUAAAACAAGCCAUUAGAAGUGGCAGUAGAGAAGAAGCAGUCUGAUUCAAGAUGGGCUCCAAGUUGACAUUCACGUUGACAGUUCUCAAGCAGUCUGGGUGCCUGUCUCUGAGCGAGCUUGCCUUCUCCUCAGGCAGAGUGUGGGCUGAUGCUUUGCCACUUUACACCUACUUCCUGCAAUCCUGGCAAUUACCAAUUGUGUAAAACCCAGUUUCUGACGUGGCUGACUCAGCAAGGGCUUGGCUCAAAACAAAUACAUAUGCACAAGGAACUGCAGCCUGGGAAGCAGUGACAAGAGGCACAUGAAGAGAAGGCGGCAUUGUGGAUUUUUAUUGCUCUAGGUCCCACCUGGCUGAAUUGCCCCUGGACUUUCUUCUUCCAGAAUCUCAGAGCGUGGUGGUCACCAUUCUCUCAGUACGUCAGUGGUUUCUCCUCUCUGCCUGUUGGACUCAGGUGCAGCUCCGACAUACCCUACAGGAACAGGGAAAGAAGAGGUUGUUCCUGUUGUGCGACUUGCUGCUGAGCCUGUGACAGAAGUUCACCACCUGACUGUGAAGAGUCAGCAGUUUUCUCUUUGCUUUUUAUCA